GCCCCGCGUUUCUGGAAUGCGAUGGCCGAUGAGGCGCAGCAAGGUCAGUAGCCUUCUCUUCUCUCUCGUGUCUGAGGCGCCUAAUUCAAACCUAUCUUGAAGCGCGAUUAUUCUGGUGACCAUGCCGAGACCCCCGAAACGAGACAAGCAUCCCAACUCUGUUGCCUCUCCUCAUCCACUACCAGAACUAUGCUUCGAAGGAGAAAGCCUGGAUCAUCUCCUUGAAGCCUUCUCCAGCGAAAUAGAGUCUGCCAGAAGCACGGACACAGCUUUGCCGGAGAAAUUCUGGUUUAAGCAACAGUUCUCAAUGGGAGUGAAUGAAGUGACACGAGUGCUUGAACGCAUGCCCCCAGUUGCUGCCACGCCCAAUGACGAUUCAGUCCAAGCAGUUCCUCCUCAGACUCAACUUCAAGCUAUACUGCUAGCAUCUGAUUGCAACCCAUGGGGGUUGACCAAGCAUCUAUCCAGCUUGGCUGCUUCUAGGAGGGUGCCUCUUUUAUUUGUGAAAGACAAGAAAAGAGGUUCUCUUAGGUUAGGGGAAGUGGUCAAACUCAAAACUGCAAUUGCUGUUGGUGUGAAGGUUAGAGGAAACGCCAUCAAUAAAUUGGUCAGCAGUCUGCUUCUUCAAAUGCCUACAUAGUUUUUUUCCACUCUAGUCUCUACAUAAUGACAACUCCCAAUUCCAAUUCAGUUCUUGUAGUUCCUUUCAAAAAAAAAUUCAGUUCUUGUAGUUAAAUAUAUGCAUACCCAAGAUGCAGUGUUGCAAUCAAUUUUGAUACACCAGUAGUUUUCUGAGCAAGGAAAAGUAUAUUG